ACUGCAUCAUCCUAAGUGUGAUAACUUCCCCUACCAGCCACAGCAUGGCUCUCCUCUUCCCCCACCUCCAUCUUACAGUCCCAGUCCUGGCUACUGGGGCCAAGGGGGUGUCUACCCGCCGAUCAGCAUGUGUCAAGGCCCUGGCUUUCCUCCAUCUGGGAUGCCCACCACAAUACCAACUCUGUCUGCUGGACUGCCUGCCUCCAACCCAGGUUCUUAGCGAGUGGCACAGUCUUGAAGUAAUCACACCCUGCAAUAUAUUUAGAUUAGGUGUAACAAGGAUAAAUUACCACUUGGCUCUUCCAAAUUCUGCAGGAGAGAUGGAGGAUUUUCUCAGCACCCAGUGGGAAAGCACAUCUGUUCGGCAUGCCUUCAUCAGAAAAGUUUACUUAAUUUUAUCAGCACAGCUUGCUGUCACCUUCUCAGUUGUUGCUGUCUUUACGUUUGUUGACCCAGUGAGGAUGUUUGUCAUCAGUUACCCUGGCAUCUACUGGGCAUCUUUUGUGGUUUACUUUGUGGUUUACUGCAUUCUCAUCUGCUGCAAAGAGCCGAGGAGGCGUUUUCCAUGGAAUCUUGUACUGCUUGGAGUAUUUACUAUUGCCUUGUCUUACAUGGCUGGAGCAAUUUCAAGCUAUUAUGGAACCAAAGCAGUGUUUAUCGCCAUGGGAGUAACAGCAUUAGUCUGUAUAGCUGUGACAGUCUUCUGCUUCCAAACUAAGGUGGACUUCACCUCCUGCGGGGGACUCCUCUGCAUUGCGGCCGUUCUGCUCAUGAUCAUUGGGAUUGUUACAGCCAUCGUCCUCUCCUUCCAAUAUGUCCCCUGGCUGCAUAUGCUCUACGCUGCAAUUGGAGCCAUCGUUUACACUCUGUUUUUAGUGUACAACACCCAACUUCUUAUCGGAAAUCGGGAGUUGGCCAUCAGCCCAGAGGAGUACAUCUAUGGAGCGCUUUCUCUUUAUGUUGAUAUUGUUCACAUCUUCCUCUUCAUCCUUCAAGUCAGCGGAGCUGCGACUGAAUGAGCCAGCGGUUGGAGUUUGUAUAUUGUAUUUGCUGGCAGACACACAGCAAACUGUCAGAAAGAUUAUUACUUAUUUUUUCUACAUCAGUAACACUCGAGCACUUUCUUUGUUGCGCUGUAUGUAGCAGGACUGCAGCCGCAAAGCUCCCACUUACCCCGUGUAAAGGAAGAGAGCUGCUUAAGCUUUG